UAGUGGGGAAGAUGGCGGCGUUGAUCCUCCCUACUGAUUGGAUCAAAAAUUGGGAAAAAUCGGGAAAAAAUGAGUUUUUACAGUUGUGUCAGGAUCUUGCAGGAAGAAACAGUGAUGUAUCUCUUAAAGAUAUCCAGGGUGCCUUGUACGAGCUCUGCUGGUAUGCGGUCCAGGGCAGCCUCAAGGUUGACGUGGCGGGCAGCAUCCUGGCCGACGUCAUGGAGCUGCGAGAAGAUAUGCCAUCCGUUUUAGCUGAUGUGUUUUGUGUAUUAGAUAUUGAGACCGGUUGUUUGGAGGAGAAACAAAAACGUGACCAUUUUACCCAGUUGGUUGGAGCAUGUUUGUUCUGCGUUCCGGAUGCGGUGUUGAAGGAGCGGCUGGACCCAGAGACGCUGGAAUCCCUCGGCCUGAUCAAACAGGCUCAGCAGUUUAACCAGAAGAUCGUCAAAAUCAAGACCAAGCUGUUUUACAAACAGCAGAAGUUUAAUUUGUUGCGGGAGGAGAACGAAGGCUACGCCAAGCUGAUCACGGAGCUUGGACAGGACCUGUCGGGCAGCAUCACCAGUCACCUCGUUCUGGAGAGCAUCAAAUCCCUAAUAGGAUGCUUCAACCUGGAUCCGAACCGGGUUUUGGACAUCAUCCUGGAAGUGUACGAGUGUCGAUCGGACCAGGACGAGUUUUUUAUCCCCCUCAUUAAGUCCUAUAUGUGUGAACAUCAGACCCUCUGUCACAUCCUGGGCUUUAAGUUUAAAUUCCAUCAGGAGCCGAACGGAGAAACACCGGCGUCUCUGUACCACGUGGCUGCUGCUCUCCUCCAGCACAAUCUGAUCGCCCUCGAGGACCUCUACGCUCACCUCCUCCCCUUGGACUCCACCAUCGUGGAGGAGCACAAGCGUGAGAUCCUGGAAGCCAAGCAGAUCGCCCGUAAGCUAACCAUGGUGGUGGUCCCUUCAGAGAAGAGCGAAGACAAGGAGAAGGAGAAAGACAAAGAUGAGGAGAAGAACGAGAAGCCUCCUGAUAACCAGAAGCUGGGUCUGCUGGAGGCCCUGCUGAGGAUCGGAGACUGGCAGCACGCUCAGAACAUCAUGGACCAGAUGCCCCCCUUCUACGCCACCUCCCACAAGGCCAUUGCCCUCGCUCUGUGCCAACUGCUGCACCUCACCGUGGAGCCGCUCUACCGCAGGGCUGGCGUCCCUAAAGGUGCCCGGGGCCGUCUGAUGCGGCCGCUGCGGAACAAGCAGGCUCCGCGGCCAGCGGAAAACUUCGAGGACCUGUCCCGAGACGUCUUCACCAUGCUGUGCCACCUGGGCCCUCAUCUGUCUCACGACCCCAUCCUCUUCGCCAAGGUCGUACGACUGGGCAAGAGCUUCAUGAAAGAGUACCAAAGUGAAACCAAACCAGAUAUCAAGGAGAAAAUGGACUCUUUGCUGAGUUGUUUUCUUAGUAUUGCUGACCAGGUGCUGUUGCCAUCUCUAACUCUUAUGGACUGUAAUGCGUGUAUGUCUGAGGAGCUCUGGGGCUUUUUUAAGCUCUUUCCUUACCAGCACAGGUAUCGGUUAUAUGGCCAAUGGAAGAAUGAAACAUAUAGCAGUCACCCUCUCCUGGUUAAAGUCAAAGCCCAGACAGUGGACAGAGCCAAGUACAUCAUGAAGCGACUGACGAAGGAGAACGUGAAGCCAUCUGGGCGUCAGAUCGGAAAGCUGAGCCACAGUAAUCCCACAAUUCUUUUUGAUUAUAUACUAUCUCAAAUCCAGUGGUACGAUAACCUCAUAACCCCCGUGGUCGACUCGCUCAAAUACCUCACCUCGCUCAGCUACGACGUUCUGGCCUAUUGCAUCAUCGAAGCUCUUGCUAACCCGGAGAAGGAGAAGAUGAAACACGAUGACACUACCAUUUCAUCUUGGCUUCAGAGUCUCGCCAGCCUUUGCGGAGCCGUUUUCCGGAAAUAUCCAAUUGAACUGGCUGGAUUGUUGCAGUAUGUGACCAACCAACUAAAGGCUGGGAAGAGUUUUGACCUGUUAAUCCUGAAGGAAGUGGUUCAGAAGAUGGCUGGGAUUGAGAUUACGGAUGAGAUGACCUUGGAACAGCUGGAAGCCAUGACCGGGGGCGAGCAGCUUAAGGCAGAAGGCGGUUAUUUCGGUCAGAUCAGAAAUACCAAGAAGUCGUCUCAGCGGCUGAAGGACGCGCUGUUGGACCACGAGUUGGCUCUGCCUCUCUGUCUGCUGAUGGCCCAACAGAGGAACGGGGUGGUCUUCUCCGAGGGAGGGGAAAAACAUCUCAAACUGGUGGGAAAGCUCUAUGAUCAGUGUCACGAUACUCUCGUGCAGUUUGGGGGAUUUCUGGCGUCCAACCUCAGCACUGAAGACUACAUCAAAAGGGUUCCUUCGGUCGACGUGCUGUGUAACCAGUUCCACACGCCGCACGAUGCCGCCUUCUUCCUGUCCCGCCCCAUGUACGCUCAUCAAAUCCUGUCCAAGUACGAUGAGCUGAAGAAAGCGGAGAAGGGGAACCGGCAGCAGCCCAAGGUCCACAAGUACAUCGCCGCCUGUGAGCAGAUCAUGGGCCCAGUGCAUGAAGCCGUGGUCUCCUUACACCCACCCAAGGUGUGGGAUGACCUCCGACCCCAGUUCUACGCCACGUUCUGGUCGCUCACCAUGUACGACCUCGCCGUGCCGCACAGCGCCUACGACCGAGAGGUCAGCAAGUUAAGGAUGCAGAUCAAAGCCAUCGACGAGAACGCUGAAAUGCCACUUAAUAAAAAGAAGAAAGAGAAGGAGCGAUGUACAGCCCUGCAGGACAAACUCCUGGAGGAGGAGAAGAAACAGCUUGAGCACGUGCAAAGGGUCCUCCACCGACUCAAACUGGAGAAGGACAACUGGUUACUCGCCAAAUCCACCAAGAACGAGACCAUUACCAAGUUCCUCCAGCUGUGUCUCUUCCCGCGGUGCGUCUUCUCCGCCAUCGACGCCGUGUACUGCGCCCGUUUCGUGGAGCUGGUGCACCAGCAGAAGACUCCUAAUUUCUGCACGCUUCUCUGCUACGACAGGGUGUUCUCAGACAUCAUCUAUACCGUGGCUAGCUGUACGGAGAACGAGUCGCGGCGUUACGGGCGUUUUCUCUGCUGUAUGCUGGAGACUGUGACCCGAUGGCACAGUGACAGAGCCAUUUAUGAGAAGGAGUGCGGCAAUUAUCCGGGGUUCCUCACAAUUUUCCGAGCCAGCGGCUUUGACGGUGGGAAUAAGGCGGAUCAGCUAGACUACGAGAACUUCCGUCAUGUGGUCCACAAAUGGCACUACAAACUGACUAAAGCAUCCGUUCACUGCUUGGAAACCGGAGAAUACACGCACAUCCGAAACAUCCUGAUCGUGCUGACCAAGAUCCUGCCGUACUACCCGAAGGUGCUGAACCUGGGCCAGGCGCUGGAGUGUCGCGUGCACAAGAUCUGUCAGGAGGAGAAGGAGAAGAGACCCGACCUCUAUGCGUUGGCCAUGGGCUACUCUGGGCAGUUGAAAAGCAGGAAAGUGCACAUGGUACCGGAGAACGAGUUCCACCAUAAGGAACAGCCGGUGCGCAGUGCCACGCCCGGCAACCUACAGAACGGCCCCGGCAACUCAGGAAAGCCAACCGGCUCGGCCAGCGGCAGCGCCGGGAAAAACGAGGAAAACGCCUCCGAGGAGUCGGAUAAAUCCAAGGACAAAUCCCUGGCGGCUCAGAAAACUGCCAGUAAAAACGCCACCGCGGCUAAUAAAGUCAGCAACAGCAACGGGAGCAGUACUCCCAACAGCACCAAAGGGAGCAAAGACAAGGAGGAGAAAGAGAAGAGUGGGAAGGAGAAGAAGGAGAAGAAGGAGAAAACGGCAGGAAGCACUCCAGAGGCCAAAGCAGGAGGGAAAGACAAACAGAAGGAGGAGAGGUCGAACAAAGAAGACAAGCCGGGCGACGGGAAGGAGAAGACGCCGAAGGCCGACAAGGACAAACGGAAGGAGGAGAAGAAGGAGGAGAAGAGCAAGAGCGGCAGCGCCGACGGGAAGUCCACCGACAAAGAGUCGUCCAAGGAGCGCGACCUGUCCAAGGAGGGAAAGACCAAGGAGAACAGUAAAGGGGAGAAGAGCGCUGGGGUUGGUUCCUUGAAGUCACCUGUUCCCAGAUCAGAGGGUGUGGAGUCUGAGCGGGAGCAAAAAAGACGAAAGCUCGACGUCCACUGUUCGCCGUCUCACUCCUCUGCGGUUAAGGACAGUCUCAGUGACUUCAAGGAUUCAGCCUCAAAGCACCACACCAACCACAACACUGCCACCGCGCCCGGCGGCAAAGAGAGGGAGGCCGACAAGAAAGACUCAGAAAAGGCCCGGGAUCGCUCCAAAGAGAGGGAAAAGAAAGAGGACCGAAAAGACCGAAAACGCGAUUACUCAAACAGUGACCGUGAGAUGAGCCAAGAAGUGAAACGCCGCAAAGACGAAAACGGGACGAGCUCCUCCAAACACAGCAAGAGCGCCAGCCCCGCCGACUCCCCCCGCUCCAACGACAAGGACCGCAGCAAGAGCUCCAAAUCCAACACCAAGGACAAGGUCGACGUGGCCAAGCCUGAGAAGUCCUCCGGAAGCAAAAAGGAAUCCAGACACGACAAAGAGAAAUCGGAAAAAAAGGAGAAGAGAGACAACGCGGGAGUGAAGGAAGAUAAAAAACAUCAUAAAUCAGCUGAAAAGCACAGAUAAUGUUCACCAGCUCUGCGAAGAGUUGCCUGCUGUGGACCGUGAAAAGCUUUGGAGCCUCUUUCGCCUGAAACUCCUUUAAACCGUGUUCGCGUCUUAAUUCUUUUUUUUUGUUGUUGUUGUUGUUCUUUUUUUUUCUAUCGCUGUCCUAAAAUUGGGUGUGUUUGCAUAAAUGCAAAAAAAAAAAAAAAAAUGCAGCAUAGAUUCUUUUGGCCGUAUCGCUUAGGAAUAUUGUAGAGUGAAUUUUAAUCAGAUGUUUUUUUAAUGGUAUUUUCAGUAACUUGCUGAAAGUUUGUUUCCGUUUCAAUUUUAGCACAAUGUGCUGCUUACGUCACAAACGUGAUUUGAGGUCUGAGCAGUGUCACACUCUCAAACUUGCUUGAUUUUUUUUUUUCUUUUUUUUUCCUAAAUCAUUUUUCUGUGAGCUGUUAUUUUUUUCCCAGUCAGUCAGGCUUUGCAAAUGAAACCAGGUAUUUGUGCCCCAGUAAGACUUCCAUUUAUUUAUUUUUUUCUUUCUUUUUUAGUACAUAGAAUAUGGAUACAUAGGUGUUUUUUUGAUGCAGUCCAAACAGUCUAUUUGUAUAUCAUGUAUACAGAAAUAAAAUGGUCACACGCAAGUCGUCAUUACCUGUUACUGUCAUUUCAAACGUUUCACUCUGGCUCUUUUUUUUUUUUUUUGGUGUAUUAAUCACGUUUUUAAGAAAAAAACAACAACA